GACUGUUGGUCCCUAUUGAAGAUAUGCAUUACAUUAAUUUUAGUUGAUAAAUUUCUUUUUAGAAAAUUGUGGUUUGUCAGCAAAAUUCCUUUGAUUGUGUUAAGAGAAAGUUCAACCAACCUCCAUGGCGGACUGGGUGACGGACGAGACAAAGAACAAGCAAUACUCGGAUAUUAUUGGCCUCAAGCCAUGGAUCAUCCGAGACCUCAAACGACUGGAUGUUGUGAGGCCGACCCCAGUACAGUUUGCAUGCAUCCCCCCGGCGCUGCAAGGCAAAGACGUCAUCGGCGGCGCCAAGACGGGCUCGGGCAAAACUAUGGCCUUUGUCCUGCCCAUCCUGAACAAACUCUCGGACGACCCGUAUGGAAUAUUUGCCCUCGUCCUCACUCCGACACGAGAACUCGCCUUCCAAAUCAGCGACCAGUUCAGGGCGGUGGGGGGCAGCAUGGGGCUGCGGGUGAGUGUGGUGGUGGGGGGGGAGGACCGCCACGACCCUUUCUUGGUGCUUGAUGAGGCAGACUGGUGA